AUGGUCGCUAGCUCAAACGGCGACCUCUACAGCCCUUUCUCCCACAUGCCAUCCAUGGAAGAGGGCGUCCAGUCUAGUGAAGAAGGGUCUGUGCUUCACUCUCCUAUAUAUGACCCUCCCUACGCUACGCCCGGCGGCCGGUAUCCCGAUCACCUUGGUCACUUCGACUGCGAUAGUCAGCUACUACCGCCUUCCUCGACAUUUGACGCCCGCUAUUCCGUGCCGACCAUGGACCCGCAGGCCCGAGAUCCCCAUUUCCUGGAGACCCUACAGGUCCCGAGCCCAACGACCGUUCACCAUCACCUCUCGCCCACUCAUCCGUCGACCGAACUCGCUCUUCAUCAUGGACACGCGAUGCUCGAUAUGGCUGGACCGUCUUCUCGUCUUCAGUCAGCUGUCGGCCCCUCUGCGUCCGAUUAUUCUAUGCAUCUGUCCCAGGCGAGGCUUCCAGAGCAGCAACUCAGAAUGUCUGGUGAUCCGCUACCCUCGUUGCCUUCCAGACACUCUGUCGGGAUGCCUUCUUCGCAGUCGAAACCCCAGAUUUCCUUGCCGUCUGCUUCUGGCCCGGCGAGGAAUAAUCUGUCGGAAAGUCCUUCGAGUCAGAGUCGUCCUCCGAGACGAGAGGCCUCUACCGUUGUGAUAGCUUGUCGGCAGUGCCGCGCUCGGAAGAUACGUUGCGACUCCACUCGGCCUUUUUGCCACAACUGUCUGCGGCGGAACAACGAAUGCGUGUACGAUGCCGUUCCGAAGCGACGUGGGCCCGACAAACGCCCCGGAACCAGACAACGCUCAUGCAAGAAGCGGCCUGCGGACGCAGAACCUUCCUCUGCCUCAGCCAAGAAGAAGCGAAAGACUACUGCAGAGGGUGAGAGUGGUAUGCUCUCGUUCGAUGUCAAAGUGAAGGAGAACGUAACAGGCGGCGCCAGGAGUGCCCAUUUCCCGUCGCGAGGUGCAAUGGAUGACCUGAACGCGACGCACAUGCCGCCACACGGAGGGUUGUACAUCAACACCUCGAUACCUCCUCGCGGCACAGGCUCCGACGUAAUAUACCCAAAAGAUGAGCUCUCCCCAUCGUUUCGACGCUCGUCAGUAAUCAUGAACUUCCCCGACUCCGACACUUCCUUCGCUCGCCCCGUCGAUGUUAAUGUCUCUCGACUUCAGCCCAACACUCACGACAACCCUCCAUUCGUUUCACACUCUCCUCCGAACUAUGGUUCCACCUCUUGGUGGGACGAACUCCUUGAACAGUACAGUCCGAGUGGCCCAGAACAAUCCUUUCAAGAUAUUAUAACCGAUAUAACUUUCCUAUUUUCGACGAGCAGCUACUGGCUUUCUUUCGUUUGUUUACCUAUACUCAUCCGCGACCUCGGCGACCCCACCCAACGAGGCCGCCUGCAGCCGUUCAUAAUGUCCGCUCUUGCGAUGGCCAUGCUGAUGAAGUCGAGCGAACUGGAGUGUGGCCCCAAGGGACGCGACUUGGCUUGUUUGUUCCAUCAACGUGCCAAGGCUUCCCUCCUUUCUGCCUGCAACAGCCAAUCCGUUGACUAUACCCUCGCGGAAGCUGCUCUCAUGCAAGCUUUGUUCGAGUCAUCCGCCCACCCCAACUACUCUUCCAAGGAAGCGACCAGCGCUCUGGAGCUGCUCGACAGGAUCAUCCAUGUUCUCUCCCUUACGUCCAUGGACCGUGGUGACUCUUCCGCCAGCAGCUUUCACCGGGGGUCAGCACCUAUCGUGGACACUGGUCACGGGCACCGGCGGCCAACGACUUGCAUCUGCACCGGUCACCUGUUUACACCGAACUCUCCCUCCGAUCCCAAGUACCUCUCCCAAUCCUUCUCGCCACCUUGGGACCCGCAGUGGGGCGAGGAGGAGAUCCGCAAGGAGGAAUGCCGCAGGCUCUGUUGGUGUGCUCUCACACUCGUGUCCACGUACACUGCGCAAUGCGCCGCCUUCCAUACCGAGCCGAUGGAGUUCAGACUCGCGGACCCUGCCAACUACGUACUGCUCUUCCCGGGCGAAGCCUUCGAGCGCGCGACGAACCACCAGCACGCGUUCGGCCAAUCUCCGAAGGAGUCCGUGUGGGCGCUCUACUGCCGCAGCAUGCUUCUGUGGAACAGCAGCAGCAUCAUACAGCGCGACGACACUCUCGACCCGGAUGACCGCGCGCGGUUUGCUAUCGACGUGUUCCAUGAGACGCGGGACAUCCAAGACGCGCUCCGCAUGCAUACGUGCAACAUGGACACCGGGCUUGCGUACGUGUGCCGUGAGUACCUCUACGACACUCGGAUGACCAUUACGUACGAACUCCGCCGUAGACUGCAAGACGGUGACGCACCUGCCCUUCCGCCCAUAUUCAACCGCCGCCAGGCCGAGGAGUGGUUGUUCUACCAGGGCCAGGUCGCGAACCGCGCGUACCAGUCCGUGCACCAGCUCGGAAACCCCGAGGGCUACCUGUUCGCCCGGCGCCCCUUCCAGGUCACUUGGUUUGCGAACCAGGUCGCCAUCGCGCUCGGGCUGUGGGAGUACGACCACGGGCUCAUGAGGGCGCUCGACCUCGCGAAGCAGUUCCUGGUCCCGCUCGACGUCCUCAACGCGAUCUGGCCGUGCCCAGCGCAGGCGUCACACCGGGACGAGCUCCGUCGCAGGCUGCAUGACGCAUGUGUGGCCGCGGGCCAACCUCCGCCUCCGCCUAUCCAAGCGCACCUGCCGGCCAUGCUCCAGACGCACUCGGCCCAGUGA